CUGGUACUUAAGUUUCACCGGAAGACAUUUGUUGUUGCACAACGGCGUGUUACAUGACCUAAGCGGGCAGUUGAAGAGGACCUGUAUUUUCUACAAGUAUAAGAUGAUUAGUGGUCCACUAUGUCUACUACAAGAGUAUUCAGCGGUUUGACACGAUUAACUCUCCGUCGAGGAUUUCCUGAUAGUGUUUUAACAAGGACGUGUGCUUUGAGGAAUGUAAGAUCGCUUGCUGUAAGCGCUCAGGUGUCAUCCAAGUCAAAUGGAUCUGAAGACGCGCCACCAAAAGAUGAACCUAUAAAGUUCUCCACCAGCAAGGCCAGCCACAAGACCUGGAAGGUCAAGCGCUCCAUGGGUAGUAACUACGAGCGGCCAUGGUGGAAGGUUGUCCCCAUCAGCCUCGUCUGCACUGCGUUUCUGUUGUGGUGCGCUUUCAGAGGAGAGACGGACAUUGACAAACAGCUGGAGAGGCAGCUGUAUGAACAGCUUCCUGGUUUACUUUCAAAUGAAGAGCAAGAGGAGCCUCAGAAUAAAUGAACUCUUAAGAUGUAA